AUGCUUGGCACAACUUCUUCUUCAUCUUCUUCUUCUGAUUUUUUCGAGGAUAACAGACCAAACAAUAGCAGUAAUCUCACGAAAAUGACAAUGAAUUCGAACAACAUACCUGAAUUUGUAAAGAAACUGUUUGGUAUGCUUGAAGAGAACUCUUAUCCAGACGUUUUUUCCUGGGGCGUUAAUGGAGAUACAUUUGUUGUCAAAGAUACCAAUGAGUUCGCUCGUCACAUAUUACCAAAACAUUUUAAGCAUUCCAAUUUCCAGAGCUUUGUACGUCAGUUGAACAAGUAUGAUUUUCAUAAGUUGAAGUUGCCUGAUGAAGCCCAGCGUAUUUACGGAGAACAGGCUUGGGAAUUCCAACACCCCAAUUUCAAAUAUAAUCGAAGAGAGUUAUUGGAAGGAAUUAAGAGAAAACCAACAGGAAAACCGGGAAGCUUGUUUUCUUCAGCUUCCUCCAAAGCAGCAGCAGCAUCGUCUUAUUCUGCACUUACUUCGUCGCUAGAAGAAAUAAAGAAGCUUACCAAAAGCCUACAAAAAGAAAUCAUCGAACUUGACAAAUCUCAAAAGAAGAUAACUUCCAAAUUGGAUGUCUUUAAUGAAAAGUACAGUGUUAUUUUGGGGACUAUCAAGUCUUCGGAAAAUGAUAUGCGACAUCAAGAUAGGCUGAUGGAAGAUAUUCUUGAAUAUUUCAAGGAGGCUAAUCACAACAACGAUUCUCAAAAUUCAAAUGUAUAUGAAAAAGUGGAAGCAAUUCUUCUGAGCUAUCAAAAUCUAUCGUCUGCUUGCGAAAAACAAUUAGAGCGUUUUGCUAGUAUAGUGUCUUCAAGGACAACAAUUGAAUUUCCGAAUAAACGACAAAAGCAACAACACUAUCCUCUCCAUAGAAAGCAUCACCAACAACAGUUACCAUUAGCAUCUAAAAAUAGUUAUAUCUCCCCUGAUAAUUCAAUACUUGAUCCCACCAACAGUGCUGCAAUUGCUGUUAAUUCCACUGAUGUUCCUACUGUUUCAUCAAACGCAACAACUAUUUUGCCAAACAGCGAGUUGAUUAAUGCAAACAAUUCCAAAUUUGUCCAUCCAGCGCCCAUGACAGUGAAAUCAGACCAUCACAGGUAUCAGCAACAGCAUUCACAAAUGAAACCUGUCACCAUUGAUAAGUGUCAUAAUGAUAUAAAAGGCACUGCCUCUGUACAUAAAACCAUUACCAAAGCAGCCAUUAAAGGCACUGCUAUCACUCCGACUUCGACUGUGUCUAAUGAUGCAGCUAUACCCGUUAUCAACGCUAUGAAAUCUGCUUCUGUUUCAACUGCGUCAACGUCGUUACCUUCUAAUAACAACACCAGUAGCAUUAGUCGCAAACGAAAACGUUUGCAUGUGGGAUGGUCAGUCCCACCUCGUGUUUUACUUGUUGACGAUGAUUCUCUGUUUCGUCGUCUUUCUACCCGUUUACUCCAGAUUGCUGGUUGCACCAUCGAUGUCGCUGUUGACGGCAUGGAGGCUGUUCGUAAAUUAGGUGUUGGAAAAUAUGAUCUCGUACUCAUGGACAUCAUGAUGCCUAGACUUGACGGGAUAUCAGCAACGCGCAAUAUUCGUCAGUACGAUACUUGGACGCCAAUCAUCUCAAUGACGUCCAACAUUACCGAGCAAGAUAUUCAACAAUACUUUAUGAGCGGUAUGACAGAUGUUUUGCCAAAACCUUUCAAUCAAGGUUCAUUGGGUACCUUGUUAGAAAGAUAUUGUGCGCAUUUAGUGGUUAGAAGACAGCAUCAACAGCAAUUGCAUUUGCUCCAGCAGAAUUAUUCACUUGGCAAUGCUUAUCAUCAUCAGCAAUUACAACUUCUUGAUGAAGUUGACAAUAACAGCAAGACAGAAGCAAGUGUAAGCAAUAAUGAUGAGGUUAUCAACUUAACAGCAACAUCUUCAAGCAGAGAUGCUAAUACUAUUGCUGCUGCUUCUGCUGCUCAAGCGUUACUAUCCACAGUGCUUUAUUCUAUUCCUAUUAUGGGUAAUAGUGAUGUAUCUCUAGAUACCUCAGCAACAACAACGCCAAUAAUUACACCUAUAGAUAAUUCUGCUACCAGUGCUACCGCCGAUGACUUAACUGUACUACAAAAUGCUGCUGUUACUGCCACUACUAUAAUACCCCAAGCAUCAAACGCGUCGACCGCUUCCUCUGCGACAUCAGAAUUGUCCAAAUCUAGCAUACCUACUGCCAUCAAUGCUAUUACCAACGCUACUACUGUUACCGCGCCUUUCUCUCUCGCAACAGGUCAGCAGCAACAAUGGCUCGCACAUCAAGCUAACCAGCAGAAAAGGUUGAAGUUAGAUAGUGCACAUUCUAGUUUCUAG